AUGCCUCCCCUGACCGAGUUUCUUGGCGUCUUCUUGAGCGUGGUAUCGCUUGUUGCUAGUGAUGUGGUACCUUCUCCAGGACCAUUCGAGCAUUUCAAAACCAAAGCAGCGACCACCGAUGUUGGCUUGUCGGUCGAUCUGGGCUACGAGAUCUAUGAAGGGUACAACAACCAGACUACGGGUCUGAAUAUCUGGAGAGGUAUCCGUUUCGCAGCAUCGCCAACCGGAUCUUUGCGCUGGCAAGCACCACAAGUCCCUGCCGAGAAUCGCAGCCAGAUCAUCCAAGCAACGUCUUAUGCUCCUUUCUGUCCUCAAAGUUCCUUUAGCGGCUAUGGACUUUUCAAUAUGGCUGGCGAUGAAGAUUGCUUGUUCCUGAACGUCUAUGCGCCAGAGAAUGCUACAGACUUGCCUGUGCUCGUGUGGAUUCAUGGUGGCGGUUAUGGCUUGGGCAAUGGUCGACAAGACCUCAGCGAGAUUAUCAACACAAACAACAAUAGCUUCAUUGGCGUCACCAUUCAGUACCGUCUCGGCGCUUUCGGAUUCCUCUCUAGCGAUGAAGUCUUUCGCAACGGUGUCGUCAACGCGGGUAUCCUCGACCAAACAUUCGCGUUGAAGUGGGUACAAGCGUAUAUUUCACAAUUUGGUGGGGAUCCCCGAGCUGUCACUGUCAGUGGAGAGAGUGCGGGUGGCGGCUCUGUCAUGCUACAGACCACAGCAUACGGCGGUACUAUGGGAACUUCCUUGUUCAGAAAUGCCAUCGCUGCCUCGCCUUUCCUACCUAUGCAGUACGAGUACAAAGAUUGGAUUCCUUCUCAGGCGUACUACUCUUUUGCUGCACUGGCGGGCUGUAUGCCCGAUACUGUCUACGGGAGCUCAUCGCGCACUAUCUUCGAGUGUUUGGUCGAGAGAAACACCACAACGCUACAAUACGCCUCGUUCAACGUUUCAACCAGCGGGAUCUUCGGAACAUGGGGUUUCCUGCCCGUUACUGAUGGUGUUUUCAUCCAGAAAACCCCGAGUCAACAGCUACUGGAGAAACGGAUCAACGGACAGAAUCUCCUUGUUGGCAACAAUGCUAACGAAGGUGUCUAUUUUGUACCUCAGAACAUCGACACCGAGAAGGCGCUUGUCACUUGGCUCCGUCUGACUUUCCCGUUGUUUUCAAACGAUGACAUCACUAAAGUUCUGCUUUACUAUCCAAGCAGCAAUGCCACUGACUCACUGAAUGCUGUGGACUUUGCGACCUCGGGUACUCAGGGUCCAACGGCGAUCAACAAGAGCUCCGUCGCAAGCGCACAGCAACAACGUGCCUACAAUAUUUACGCCGAAACGACUUUCGUGUGCCCGAGCUACUGGAUGGCGGAGGCGUUUACUGGUAGCGGGCGCUCUAGCUACAAAUACCAGUAUAGUGUUCCCGCGGCUGAGCACGGCGCAGACGUCACUGCCUAUUUUGGGCCUCCAGCGUCUAAUCAAGGCCCUGACUUUGUGAAGGCAUUUAUGAGUAUCUGGGGCAAUUUCGUGACCCACAACAAUCCCUCAAUCCCUCCAUCCAUCUCCGAUCCUGGCUCAAAUGUUUCUUCUACCACUGCAGAGGCAGCGUCCAACUGGCCAAACUUCCAUAUCUAUGCCCCAUUUCAGCUGAACCUCAAUCAAACAGCCGGACAGGAAGUCCAGACUACAAUUGUGCCGGGUGUAAAUGCUACCGUUUACACCGGUCCUGGUCUGAAGAACGAUUUUGAGUUGGUAAACGCAUAUACUUGGGAGGGAGGGAGAGGCUACAGAUGUGAUUUCUGGAGGAGUGUUGCACCAAUUGUGCCGCAGUAG